UUGGCAGAACAGCGUAACCAGUCGUGACGUCAGGCGACUGUUAACUUUUCAGUGUGGUGAAAUCAAUAACAGUAAUUGAUCAAGAUUACAAAUGGACUCCUUUAAUUCAAGAGGUUUUAAGACACGUUCAGACUCUCGACUAGAUCGGCAGGUAAGAUUCACCAAUCCUUUGAUGAAUAUCCGGGUACCACUGACGCUUCACGGGAAAUAUACCAAAGUAAGAAUUCCCACAAAACUGGAGAUCCUAGAAGACUCGACAGAACCAGAAGAAGUCGCUCUCAUCACGCCGCUGAAAGAAAGCAACGUCAGGAACAUCUUCAUCCAAGGAGCCGUCCACAGAUGGAUUGGAUGCAAAGCUAACAAAACCCCGGAAAGUCCUUAUGUUCUGCCACAGCACGAAGGACCUGUCUUGGUGGGCAACCGGUCGGACAAUUCUGCAGAUCCGCUGCUGGCAUCAUCCGAUGAGACGGAAUUCAUCGACACAGUCGUCCUGCAGGAUGACAUUGGCAAGAUGAAACAUGAUGAUGGUGCAUUUUUACGACGAUUUGUUAAAGGUGUCACGAAAAGCCUACGUCGGAGGAUCCAAGAAUACUAAAGCUGGUUUAACCAAACAUAGGAGACUGUUGAUUAUUAAGUUAUUAUCAGAAUUAAUACUGUUGAGCGGAUUUAUGUUCAGCGAGUAUGUAUAUGAUAUGACAUAUAAUACAUAAAAAAUAUAAAAUGUAAGAAGUCGAAUCUAUGUUGAAUAUACAUUACAUGUAUAUAAAAGUUUUAAAAAUCUAAGAAGUUGAAACCAAUGUUUACAAAUUAUAAUGAAUAAAUAU